CGCCAUUCUGACAGAGAAGCCUGCGCAGAAGAGCCCCGCUUGUACGCGGGCGGCCCAGCCUCCGAGCUUGCCGCAGCAGCUCCGUCGGAUAACGGAGCCGCCAGAGACGGCUGGUCCCUUCUAGGAGGGACAAACGAACGCGGCCGAGCAGCCCCGGAUUCCGCGAGGGAGACGGGGAAGCACAGGUCAUGGCCACGUCAGACCAUCGGCAGACAGAGGCUCAGCCGCGGGCAGACGAAGACUGGAUCUUUCUGCAGCACGACGGCGACCGAGUCAAGGAGCGAGUUGGCGACGCCAAAGGCAAGGAGGAAAGCCUUUGGAGUGCAGCUGAGCUGCCGAAGAGCGCCCAAGCUACAGAAAAGCGCACGGAGUUGCAGCCCUCGGCGCGCGACGAGGGUAGCGUCCGCAGCGCCAUCUGGGAUGUCUUCUACAGCCCCUUCCCUGCGAUCCGGGGCCUGCACCUGUUCCCAGGGGUCUGCGAGCCGUCGCUGGAGGACGAAAACCCUGUUCGACUCCUGCGGACCUGCCUAAAGCGCAUAAUGCGCGUAGUGUUCAGGGCAGCCGUGUUUUCCUGCAUGGCGCGCUUUAUCUUCUGGUCGGCAGCGAAGGCGAGCGUUGUCAAGCAACCGGAGAUGCUCCAUCUGCUGCUAAUACUGGCGGUGAUGAACCUGGGGACGCUACUGGCGAAUUUCGCAACUUGGUAUUCCGAGUUGCGUGCCAGUUCCACGGAAAUGCCAUAUCGCUCGAGGCUGUACAGGUUUCAUCUCGAGCGCUACCAGGGGCUCACCGACAUAGUGGAUAUCCUCACAUUCUUCGGCACACUUAUGCUGGGCAUUUCGAUGAUUGGAAUAUACGCCGAUGUCGAGGCCACGUGGGGCACUAUUUUGCUCCACCUCCGAGAGGUGUACACCCCGGAGUUUGACGCAAUCGGCGAGAUCAUACAGGAAUACCUCGCGGAAGGAUAUCCACCGACUCGCUAGGAGUGGACGCCGAGCUACAUCAUAAACGAAGCGCUGCUGCAGUGGAUCGUGCAAGUCCUGUCCUCGGACAGGCCGUGACUCGACAGCGCUGGGUACGCAUUUAGAAAAAACUAAAAUUAAAAUUCGGGCAGACCGCGUCUACGAUGACUGUCCAAGUAUGCGAAUAGCAUU